UGCCCCGGCUGCCCCGUGGCGAUGCACCCCGACUGCGCGGGGUUCAGCUUGCUGCUCGACGCGGAGUGGCGCUGCCCCGACCACGCGGCCGGCAAGACGCCCCCCUGGUGCCACGCCGCCCCCGCGCCGCUCGCGCGGGCGGGCCCCGGCACGCGCGCGGGGCGCGUCUGGCGCGCGCCGCCGGUGCGGCGGUACGUGCUGUGA